AUGCGCUCAGAUGCCAGUAUUAGUAGAUACUUAGCCAACUACAAACGUGAGUUACAAUUGUAUGGGAAAACCCCUUUAGAAGAAAUUGAAGUAAAUCACUGGAUUUCAUUUGCAAUUGGUCCUUUGACAUGCAGCCAGCAGUUUGAAAAAUCAUUACAGUACCUGGAUUAUUCUUUAAGCUCAUUUUCCUACCUAGUGGGACAUCAAUUAACAAUUGCUGACUUUGCUGUUUGGGGAGCAUUGUUUUGCAAAGAAAACUUUGAAGAAAAUAUAAUUAAUAAAGACAAUCUCAAAAAUGUCACCAGAUGGUUUAAAUACAUCAAAAACUUACCUGAAAUAAAUUCUAUUUUGAAUUUUAUCAAGCAACCAUCCCAAACUACUAAGGAUUUAAAUUCUGCUGAGAAUGAAAAUCAAGACAUUGGAAAAUUUGUCGAUUUACCAGGUGCAGAAAAAGGAAAAGUAGUUGUAAGAUUUCCUCCUGAAGCUAGUGGUUAUUUACACAUUGGUCAUGCAAAAGCAGCAUUAUUAAAUCAGUAUUACAAAGAAUUAUUCGAUGGAAAAUUGAUUAUGAGGUUUGAUGAUACAAAUCCUGAUAAAGAAAAAGCAGAUUUUGAAAAAGUAAUAUUAGAAGAUGUAUCACUCCUUCAAAUAAAGCCAGAUAAAUUUUCUCAUACUUCAGAUUAUUUUGAUGUAAUGCUUGAAAUGUGCACAAAACUUUUAGAAAAUGGCAAAGCUUAUGUGGAUGAUACAGAUCCAGAAAUAAUGAAGCAAGAAAGAGAGCAAAGAGUUGAAUCUAAAAACAGGAAUAAUAGUAAAGAAAAAAAUUUUAAAAUGUGGAAGGAAAUGGUUGAAGGUACUGAAGUAGGUAAAAAAUGUUGUGUCCGCGCGAAAAUUGAUAUGGAAAGUGAUAAUGGUUGUAUGCGUGAUCCUACAAUAUACAGAUGCAAAACUGAACCACAUCCUAAAACAGGAUUAAAAUACAAAGUGUAUCCUACAUAUGACUUUGCUUGUCCAAUUGUCGAUAGCAUCGAAGGUGUGACACAUGCAUUGCGUACUAUGGAAUAUCAUGAUCGUGAUGAGCAAUUUUAUUGGUUUAUUGAUGUUUUAAAUCUUCGAAAGCCUUAUAUAUGGGAAUAUUCUAGGCUGAAUAUGACAAAUACUGUUUUAUCCAAAAGAAAAUUGACUUGGUUCGUUGAUAACAAAAUUGUUGAAAGCUGGGAGGAUCCUAGACUUCCUACCGUACGAGGAGUUGUAAGAAGAGGAUUGACAGUUGAAGGCUUGAAACAAUUUAUUAUAGCACAAGGUUCUUCAAGAUCUGUUGUCCAAAUGGAAUGGGACAAAAUAUGGGCGUUUAAUAAAAAGAUUAUUGAUCCUAUUGCACCCCGAUAUACGGCAUUAAAAGAAAGUGAAACAGUUAAGGUAAACGUAUUAGAUGCCAAAGAAGAAACCUUAACUGUCAAUAAACACCCAAAAAAUCCUGAGCUUGGAUCUAAGACUGUUGUAACUGGUCCUAAGAUUUUCAUUGAAGCUGCAGAUGCGAUUCGUCUUCGCGAGUCUGAGAAUGUGACAUUCAUUAAUUGGGGAAAUCUUAAAAUAAAAAAAAUUAAUCGAAAUAACGAUGGAGGAAUUGCGUCUGUUGAUGCAGAAACUAAUUUACAAGAUACCGAUUUUAAAAAAACUCUUAAAAUUACUUGGCUCGCAGAAUCAAAUGAUUUAACUCCCGUUGAAAUAUUAUUUUACGAUCAUAUAAUAACAAAAUCCGUACUUGGAAAAGAUGAAGAUUUUAAACAAUACGUUAAUUAUAAUAGCAAAAAAUCAGUUAAAUAUAUUGGAGACGAAAAUUUAAAAAAUUUAAAAGUUGGAGACAUAAUUCAGUUGCAGAGAUUAGGUUAUUUCAUAUGUGAUGUUGCAUUUCAACCAAAAAAAUAUUUGUUAUUUGAUGAAACAGUUUUAUAUAAAUAUAUAUUGAAUCACUCCCCAAAUAAUAAAAGUAAAGUAAUAUAUUUUAACUUAUGGUUUUUGUUUUAUUUCUUAUAUAAUUACUGUAUAAUUUAUAACAUUUUAAAUUUUAGAUCGUUGGUAUUGAUUCACAUACCUGAUGGAAGCACCAAAACUUGCUUAUCCAACGUUGAUAAUGUUGAAAAAGUACCGGUUAAAAAUAACAUCUCUGAAUUUAAAGAAUCAUCCUUAAAAACGAAAUCUCUACCUAUAAACAAUCAAGAAUUGGAGCAAAUAGCUAUUCAAUGGAAAAAAGACAGAGAAAACAUGGAAAAAGUUCCAAAGGAUUCUCAUUUUGAAAAAAAGAAAGUAACCCCUAAAAAAAAUACGGAAAAUCAACAAAAAGUUCAAAAAACUCCGAAAAAAGUUGAAAAUGAUAAAGGUAAAAAAGAUGGAGGAAAACAAUCAAAAACCCGGUUAGGUUUAGAAGCAACGAAAGAAGAAAAUUUACCCGAAUGGUAUUCACAAGUGAUUACCAAGGGAGAAAUGAUAGAAUAUUACGACGUGAGCGGUUGUUACAUUUUACGUCCUUGGUCUUUUGCCCUUUGGGAAGUAAUAAGAAAUUUUUUGGAUGGUGAAAUCAAAUCCCUGGGAGUUGUUAAUUGUUAUUUUCCAAUUUUUGUCUCAAAAUCGGUAUUAGAAAAAGAAAAAAAUCACAUUGAUGAUUUUGCACCUGAAGUGGCAUGGGUAACAAAAUCUGGAGAAUCAGAUUUAUCUGAGCACAUUGCUAUAAGGCCUACGUCUGAAACUGUCAUGUAUCCAGCAUUUUCAAAAUGGGUUCAGUCAUACCGAGAUCUACCCAUAAAACUCAAUCAGUGGAAUAAUGUCGUUCGUUGGGAAUUUAAACAUCCACAACCAUUUUUAAGAACAAGAGAGUUUCUUUGGCAGGAAGGUCAUACGGCUUUUGCUUCUUAUAAAGAUGCUGAAACUGAAGUUUAUCAAAUUCUCGAUUUAUACGCUAGAGUUUACACAGACCUUUUAGCAAUACCCGUUGUAAAAGGUUGGAAAACGAAAAAAGAAAAAUUUGCUGGAAGUGAUUUUACGACGACAGUCGAAGCAUUUAUUCCUGCUUCUGGAAGAGGCAUUCAAGCAGCUACAUCUCAUCAUUUGGGACAAAACUUUUCUAAAAUGUUUAAUAUCGUAUACGAGGAUCCGGAAACUCAAGAAAAAAAAUUUGUUUAUCAAAACUCUUGGGGAAUAACCACUCGAAGUAUAGGAAUAAUGAUAAUGGUGCAUGCAGACAACAAGGGUUUAGUUCUUCCACCGGAAGCAUCAAGUUAUCAACUUGUAAUUGUUCCUUGCGGUAUAACGGCCAGUUUAAAAGAAGAAGAAAAAAAAAAUUUAUUGAAUGCUUGUAAAAAUUUGGAAAAAGAUUUUAUUAAUUCUGGAAUAAGGGUUAAAUUAGAUGAUCGAGACAAUUAUUCACCUGGUUGGAAAUUUAAUCAUUGGGAAUUAAAAGGAGUACCAUUAAGAGUAGAACUUGGACCAACUGAUUUAGAAAAAGGACAGCUGACUGCUGUGAGAAGAGAUACCGGAGAAAAAAUACAAAUACAAUUAACAAACAAAAUACCGGAAACGAAAAAACUUUUAAAAAAUAUCCAGGAAAAUUUACUUAAAAAAGCAACGGACGAUUUAAAAUCUCAUACCGUGAGAGUGAACGAAUGGAGUCAAUUUUGUCCCGCUUUGGAUAAGAAAAAUAUUAUUUUAGCUCCUUUUUGCGAAGAGGAAGCCUGCGAAGAUAAUAUAAAAAAGGACAGUGCCAGAGACCAAGAUGUUGAACCAGGUGCACCAGUUAUGGGAGCCAAAAGUUUGUGCAUACCUUUUGAUCAACCUGAUACUAUUAAAGAUGGCCAAAAAUGUAUUCAUCCUGCAUGUUCAAGAAAACCUAUAAGGUACACUUUGUUCGGAAGAAGUUAUUAA